CUCAAUCAGAAGAGUAAAGGAGGAGGCAGGGGGACGAGAGUCUGAAACCCUAGAUUGGCAGCAAAAAUGCAGAUUUUCGUCAAAACCCUAACAGGGAAGACUAUCACCCUCGAGGUGGAGUCUUCUGAUACGAUCGAUAAUGUGAAGGCCAAGAUCCAAGACAAAGAGGGCAUCCCUCCCGAUCAGCAGCGACUCAUCUUCGCUGGGAAGCAGCUCGAGGACGGAAGAACCCUAGCAGAUUACAACAUCCAGAAGGAGUCGACCCUUCACUUGGUUCUCCGUCUCAGAGGAGGAGCUAAAAAGCGAAAGAAGAAGACCUACACCAAGCCAAAGAAGAUCAAGCACAAGAAGAAGAAGGUUAAGCUUGCUGUGCUUCAAUUCUACAAGGUAGAUGAUUCGGGAAAGGUUCAGAGGCUCAGGAAGGAGUGCCCCAAUGCUGAGUGUGGCGCCGGGACUUUCAUGGCCAACCAUUUCGAUCGUCACUACUGUGGUAAAUGUGGACUUACCUACGUCUAUCAGAAGGCUGGAGGUGAGUGAGCGAGAAGAGAUGUCGUCGCUGCGGGGCGGGGGGGACUGUCAGAUUAAUUUUGUUGUUAUUGACUUUGAUCUAUAGACUGCGUUAGUUUUCUUCAGAAUAUUGAGGAUUCUGUGAACAUCGUUAUUGUCUUUUGUAUUUUUUUUUCUGAGAUGGCAGAUUAUAAUGGUAGGUUUACUUAUUUUUAA